CCUCCUCAAUCCUCCACCAAGAGUCCUCCCGCUGACCCGUUCUUCGCAUCUUAACAAGUAACAACAUCGAGGAUAUAUCGUGGUCGAUACUCUAGUAUACAUGUAUUGAUCAUCGCUUGGAUCAUUGCCAGUUUGCAUCGUUGCGCCACGCGUUAACUCAAACAUUGGGUUCAUCUGAACAAACUGAUAUUUGUACUUGCUGGCCGGACAUGUGCACUGCAUGCAUUUAUGCAGCAACAGAUCCACGAAUCAGACUGGAAGUGCUAUGUACAGUAUUGUACUGUAUAGGAGGUAGGUGGCAUUUCCUAUAGACGGAUACAGCCUCAUCUUGACCAACUACAUAUACGUUGCUUUAUUUAAGAAUCAUUUCUAUUAUCGGGUUCUGAGUCGUUACUUUCCCGUGCCCAGUUUCUAUUAAUGCUAUUCCAUGAACAAGUCAGUUUCACUGAACGAGGUGCUGUCAACCAUCUUUCUCUGUCAUGGCAUCUAAAGACCCGAUCGAACCUAAUCAGGACGACACACAAGCAAGGCUUGCGUUCGCUGGGAGCCGUCUCCCGCCCAAGACUCGCCUCGAGUUCCUCCUAAAGAGGUUUUCGGCCCUAAUAUCUACCAGAAACAAAAGGGGACGCGGUUUCGCCAAAGUUGAACUCACACUCUUCCUGGACAAUGAGCAUAUAUUGGAAUUCCCAGUGAGCAUACUGAGUCUGAAAAACGGCGGAGCGAGCCAGAGACCAACACUCCUUGGCGAACCCUGCCAUUAUGCUAGAGCCGAAAAUGGACAAUUUGUUUUGAGUCCAGUCCUCUGGUCGGGUCAAGACGUCGAGAAGAGAGCCGAGAUCCUUCUCAAUCUGUUUGGAUUGGCGUGGAGGAAAACCAUGUCUGAUAUCCUCGGACCUCAAGAACAACCUAGCAGUCCCGUCCACUGGAAAGUUUCUGGAGACUUCGAGGCUGCAAGCCUCUCUUUCUUUGAUUAUGACGAGGCCAGCCGUCCAACACUAGUAGGGAAGGUGAAUUUCACAGGACCUGAGGAUUCGCCUUGGAUUCGAGACUUACACGAAUCAUAUGGGAGAAUUUGGUGCCUAUGACGGACGAUACUGUUGAAGAACUAACAUUUUGC